GCUUGCAGAAGCUGCCACGCAGCUGGCUGGAAAAGCAAAGGGAGAGGGCCCCUCCCGGGAGGGGGAAGCGAAAAGGGUGGCGUCUCUAAGAGAUUUAACCUCCUACCCUCGGUUCCACACGCCACCCCCUCCCUCCAAAGACUGGGACGGCGCCUCCAUUUUUGUUUUGGGGCGGAAGGGCAGGGGCUCGUGGAUGGAAGGGGGUCAAGGGAAACGGUGAUUAUCACCUGUACGGGGCAACGGGUACCGUUCUUCUACCCUUUCUCUCAAUCUGCACCCCCCUCUGCAAACUGCCCCCCCACCUUCUCGGGGUCUCCCCCCCCCUUGUUGCUAAGGCCCAGACCGUCAUCCCAGCAACAGCCUCAGUCAUGUGACCGGCAAUGGCGGCGCUGACGGGAGCCCUGGUCAGCUGAGUGUGGAACUAGAGGGAUUUCUGCUGCUCUCGUUGUCCAUGGGCUUUCCAGGUCACACAACCUACAAGUAGGGAGCAGGGACAGUGAGAGAGAGCCUGCAUGCCAAUUCUAAGCUCUUCAGGAUCAAAUGUCGUUCGUCCUGUCCAGAAUGGCAGCCUGUGGAGGCACCUGCAAGAACAAAGUGACCGUCUCCAAGCCUGUGUGGGACUUCCUGAGCAAGGAGACCCCAGCCCGGCUGGCCCGGCUUCGGGAGGAGCACCGUGUGUCAAUCCUCAUAGAUGGCGAGACCUCUGACAUCUAUGUCCUCCAGCUUUCCCCGCAGGGCCCUCCUCCGGCCCCUCCCAAUGGGCUCUACCUGGCCCGGAAGGCUCUCAAGGGGCUGCUAAAAGAGGCCGAGAAAGAGCUGAAGAAAGCUCAGAGGCAGGGCGAGCUUAUGGGCUGCCUGGCUUUGGGGGGUGGUGGGGAGCACCCUGAGUUGCAUCGCCCAGGGCCCCCCCCUCCCCCUCUGCGAGCAGCCCCCCUUCUGCCCCCCGGGGCUCGGGGGCUUCCUCCCCCUCCUCCUCCCCUCCCCCCUCCCCUUCCUCCCCGCCUUCGGGAGGAGGCUGAAGAACAGGAGAGCACCUGUCCCAUCUGUCUGGGGGAGAUCCAGAACGCCAAGACAUUGGAGAAGUGCCGGCACUCAUUCUGUGAGGGCUGCAUCACCCGGGCCCUGCAGGUGAAAAAGGCCUGUCCCAUGUGUGGCCGCUUCUAUGGGCAGCUGGUGGGAAAUCAGCCGCAGAAUGGGCGGAUGCUGGUCUCUAAGGACGCCACACUCCUACUGCCCAGCUAUGAGAAGUACGGCACCAUCGUCAUCCAGUACGUCUUCCCGCCCGGUGUCCAGGGGGCUGAACACCCAAACCCAGGAGUUCGGUAUCCUGGCACCACAAGGGUGGCCUACCUCCCGGACUGCCCUGAGGGCAACAAGGUGCUGACCCUGUUCCGCAAAGCAUUUGACCAGCGUCUCACCUUCACUAUUGGCACGUCCAUGACCACAGGGAGACCGAAUGUCAUCACCUGGAACGACAUCCACCACAAGACCAGCUGCACAGGGGGACCCCAGCUGUGCGACCCUCCUUCAUUUCCUUUCCCUUGGCCCCUCCCCUUCUCUCCAUUUCCAAUAUUCCCCUCUCUCUGUGGGAACUUCCUCACUGCAGAGGACCACCCCCAAACUAUUCAACCGCCUCUUCCAUCCCAGUUUCUCUACAUUCAGCCUGGUCCAGUAUGCCAGUAUGCUCAGCUUAACCUACAAAAAUAAGGAGAACUGGGCUAAGUUAUCUCCCGUUUGGAUAUCCUUAGAGGAGGUGGGGAGGGGCUGGAAUGGGGCACCCAGAAUGAAGGUGAGCUUGAGGCUAAUAAGGAGUAAGCUGCAACAGCUAAUCCUUCAUUCCUUUUUGCUCCCAGGUUUGGGUACCCGGACCCCACCUACCUGACCCGGGUGCAAGAAGAGCUGAGAGCCAAGGGUAUCACAGAUGACUGAAGGACAUCCCCUUUGCCAAGCCCUUGUCUUUCUCCAUAGGACCCAGCGGAAGCCUCUGUUCUCCUCUCUCCCUCUGCCCCCCACACCACACAAACAGGGGAUCAGUCUGACAGGAGAAGGAGUUCAGAGAGGGAGGGGGCAAUCCCUUCCCCUGUCCCCCACAGGCCGAGCGCUUCAGUGCAGUGAGCCACUCCCUUCUGGCAGAGGGAUCUCCCAGGCUCUUCUCCCCUCCUCCCCCUGUACAUACUCCUAAUUUCCCUACCCCCUCCAUUGCCCUUGGCUUUUUCUGGUAUGUGCUGUGCUCCAGUGACUAAGCUGAGAAAGGACCUAGGUGGGGAAGGAGGGUCUCUUGAGCCCCUGCCCCCACAGACUGCUCCACUGCUGAACUUCGCUGUAGGGGAGGAGGAAUGGGGCCGAGGUGUGCCCCCGAGAAGCCGGCCUCGUGUGUUCUUCAGAAACAGUCCCCCUUCUACCUUAACCUUGUCCUUUCUCUCCUGUGUCUCCCUCUCUGUCCGUCUGUCUCCCGCUCUUCUCUGCCCCCUAUAAGGAGCCUCCUUACCCUGUUCUGGAAUCGCCGCCAGACUGUAGCUUUUAAUUUAAUACAAAUAAAGUAAAAUAUGCAACUCUC